AUGUUUGAGUAAGACUAUAAAUCAGAAGAUAUUUAAUAUAUUGAAAAACCUCUUCUCAACUAAAGUAAUGAACGAAAAGAAAUUUUAGACAUUACAGAAUAAUUUCAAAAAACCAAUAUUAAAGAUGAUCCAUCAGAAAUUCAAAGUCCCUUAUGGGUUUCUGAAUUCUAUAAAAAAUCUUUAAAUGAGUUAAAUAAUAGUCCUAAUCCAUAAAAUAUUAUUUAAAUUGAUAAAAGAUUCUUGCUUCCACAUGAGGCAAAAUUUAUCACUUUUUUAUCUGAAAACACAAAGCUUGUAAAAGAAAAAUAUGCUGAAUACCUUGUGGAUGGUUUGUAAUCCUUUUAAUAAUAUGUUUAAACACAAAGUUAAAAUAGAAAAAAAAAACAAAGUAAUUUUAUAAAUGAUGAUGAUGAAAGCGUCAAUUUAAAAUUUUAAACUCCUCAAAUAAAUGAGCUAUAUUCAUAGACUUAAAAAAAUUCGAAAUAGCUCAAAUUUUAAGAAAUUAUUAAUUAAUAGCAAUCAAUUAGCAGUUAUAAAGCAAAUAUAUAAAAAAUUAAAGAGGACCCUUUAUUUUAAUAAAAGUUCACUGUUACAUAAAAAAUAUUAGAAACAUUAUCAAAAUUUGAAAUAUAAUCAUCAACUAAAAAAGUAUCCAUACUCGAAGAUGCCUUGAUACUCUGUUAAUUAUUUUAGAAAUUAGCAAAUGAGGACAAAAAAUUAAUAGAACAAUAUAUCUUUAUUUAGGAAAAUUACAAUUACAAAAGAUCCUUCUAAGCUUUUUCAACCAGGUUAUAUUCACAAUUAUUUUAGAAUUAAAAUUGUGCGUAAUUUAUACAGAGAAUGGACUUUAGAAAAUCUUGAGUAAUUGUUAAGAGUUCUUAAAGAAUUUCCAAAAAAAAUACUUUUAGAAAAAACUUUAAUUUAACAAAACUCUAUCAAGAUACCUCUUAUAAAAUGA